GACAACCGGAAAUGGGCGAGCGGGCCGGAAGUUGGGGGGAGUUUCCUUCGAGCUAGGCUUCCUCAACAUGGCAGCGCCCUUGUCAGUGGAGGUGGAGUUCGGAGGCGGUGCAGAGCUCCUGUUUGACGGAGUAAAGAAACAUCAAGUUACUUUGCCUGGGCAGGAGGAGCCCUGGGACAUCCGGAACCUCCUUGUCUGGAUCAAGAAGAAUUUGCUAAAAGAGCGGCCAGAACUGUUCAUCCAGGGAGACAGCGUGCGGCCAGGAAUUCUGGUGCUGAUUAACGAUGCCGACUGGGAACUGCUGGGGGAGCUGGACUACCAGCUGCAGGACCAGGACAGCGUCCUCUUCAUCUCUACACUGCACGGUGGCUGAGGGCCCCUCCGCCUGGGCCUUUUGCAAGGGGAGAUCAGAACAGUCAGACAGCCCCUUGGGCUCUGCUUGCAGGCCUCCCUGUCCCCCUUGGCUGCCUUCUUCCCUGCUCUGUCCCUUGAGCUCCCUCCAGGCAGAGAAAGGAGGCCAGGUGCUAAAAAUGGGCCUUUCUCAGCCAGCACGUGAGCAGGGGAAAGCGGGCAGUGGCUGGGGCCCCCUCUGGUGUAUCAGGAGUGGAGGGGGCUCUGCGGCCAGGUGACCCCGCUGCCUCCGCUCCCCGUGUCUCGGUCUGUACGCUGAGUGACUGCCAGCAAGGCGCUGCAGCUCCAGGGCCAUCUUGCGGGGAGGACGGGUGGGCCUGGAGAGCUGAAGGCCGGCCCUGCCUUCCAGAUCGAGGGCUCUGCGCCUCAGUUUCCCCAUCUGGACAGUAGGGAGCUGUGCCUGUCCCCCACUGAUACCAUUAUGGAGCCCCAGCUGGGGUCCCCUAUUCAGUGCUGACCCCCUUCCCCCAACCCAGCAGCUGCUCUCCCAGCCACACCCCUCCUCCCCCUGCUCCCCAGCCCUUGACCCUGGCUGGCCCCCCCACAGGCCACCAGAUGGGCUCCCGGGAGCCUCCCCAGUCUUUGUACAGCCCGUUCUGCUGGAGGCGGUAGGGAGGAAGGCCCUAGCCUUGGACUGGCCAGCAGAGGCCUGGCCCAGGGGUCAGUGUCCCUCAGUUGCUUCCCCUGCACCGAGUAUAGUGUCUGAAACUUGGGGAGAUGCUUGGUGGCACAAGUCUGGCUCACAGGCAGAGUGGGGGGCGGGCAGCACCUGGUAGGCAGAGCGGCCUACCCCUCCUCCCUCCUGGAAGCCUUCUGGAAGUCUGGGGGCCUGGUUGCCUGCAACAGCUGGUCUUGGGCAAAUAAAAGGCUAGGUUGUUCACCAGCCUUGCUGAGGGCUGCAUCCUUAGAGACAGGUGGUGCCCAUCUCUCCCCUGCCACGGCCUCUGGGAUGACCUUCCUGUCCUGUGCCUAGGGCCCUCAGCUGCCCUUUACCCAAAAGGCUGAAACUCAGACUGCCCUGAGGGGUGGUCCUGUAGGGGUGUCUGGAGAAGGAGGUGCAGAGCCAGUCUGUACUGACCACUCUGGGUCCCAGGACACAACCCAGCCAGGCUUUGUCCCAUCACCUGCAGCCAGAGCCCCGUCCCCACGCUGGGAUUGGCAUAAAAGAACCUGCUGAACCCCCUUUCCUUCCAUAACCUGGAGAAAAGAGCUUUGUCUGCCGGAGGGAGACCUUAAAAAAGAAUUGGGGCACCAACAUCAUCCUGCCAAAUCUUAGAAUGUUGCUUUUCAUUAAAUGUCAAUAAUUUAAGGUGGAAAUUUCUCAUCCUGUGGAGAUGAAAGUGCCAGAUGUCCCAGAUGUAUUGGGAGGUGCACAUCAUUCUCUAGGGGACAGGUGGCCGGGCCGGUGGGCUUCUCCAGCCCACUGCAGUGCAGGCCUCCCAUGAGUGGUGGGAGUAGCCAUGUUGGGGUUACGGUAGGGGCUGGGCUGGGUGCUCUCCACAGAGCCUGGCUGACCAGCCCUCUCUAGGUGCUGAGAUCAGGGUGUCCCUAACAGAGAACAGAGUGGGGGAUCUAAGAUGGCCCAGCAACCUCACUUUGGAGGGUCAGCCUGGCCCAAUUCCUGCAGCCUAGCGGUCCCUGCGUUCCUCCAGCUCCCGAGCUGCAGGACUGGCCCAAAGUCGCACACGGUAUUCCAGGUCCGGGAAGCUGGGUGCUAGGGUUCCUCUCCGUGCCUGAGGAGGACUGGGGUUGAGAGAUGGAGGGUUCCCUGCCCCCGUCGCACCCUAGUUAAUGCUGAGCAGCAGAGCUGAGAAGGGCGGUGGGGAAGGCUGGGCUGUCUCCCACGGCAGGGUGCUGGCCCCACAGUGGGGACUGGCAGGGCCAAGACGCUCCGGACCACAGCAGGUUACCCUCAGCCCCGAGCCCCCGCCCCACGCCUGGGUGGCGACAGGUGACCCGGGUUCACCAGCAGCAGCUCCCCACAGUCCCCUCCCAAGCAACUCCUGACCCCUGCUUUUGAGGAAAUAAACAAAUAAAUAAAUCCCA